CCAAUGCCACCCAGACGCUUGCUCUCAUGACGACUUGAUUUCUCUGACUUUAUUCUGAACGUUUCUCGCUUAAAAAAAAAAAAAAAAAGACAAACUGCUUUAGGGGAAUGCUGAAAGGUAACUGAAAGCUGCAAAAGAAAAGUCCCGGAUUGUCAUGGCUGAAGGAGAGAACGAAGUGAGGUGGGAUGGGCUAUGCAGUAGAGAUUCGACUACUAGAGAGACAGCCCUGGAAAACAUUAGGCAGGUCGUUUUGAGAAAAACCGAAUACCUUCGUUCAAUGAAAGAGACACUUUAUCGCCCUUCAGACGGGCUUUCAAAUGCCGUAUCUUUGGAUGAGAUGAAUAAACUUCUUGCUCACCUGCUUAUGCUCUCUAAGAGGUGCCCCUUUAAAGACGUGAGAGAGAGAAGUGGGUUCAUUCUGAAGAGCGUCGAGGAACUUGGAAUCAGAAUUCCUCGGCCACUAGGACACGGACCCAGCAGGUUCAUCCCCGAGAAGGAGAUUCUGCAGGUGGGCAGUGAAGACGCACAGAUGCACGCUUUAUUUGCAGAUUCCUUUGCUGCUCUGGGUCGUUUGGAUAACAUCACAUUAGUGAUGGUUUUCCAUCCACAGUAUUUAGAAAGUUUCUUAAAGACUCAACACUACCUGCUGCAAAUGGACGGGCCCUUACCCCUCCACUACCGGCACUACAUUGGAAUAAUGGCGGCAGCGAGGCAUCAGUGUUCCUACCUAGUGAAUCUACACGUGAAUGACUUCCUUCACGUUGGCGGGGACCCCAAGUGGCUCAAUGGUUUAGAGAAUGCGCCUCAAAAACUACAAAAUUUAGGAGAGCUUAACAAAGUACUAGCCCACAGGCCUUGGCUCAUAACCAAAGAGCACAUCGAGGGGCUGCUGAAGGCUGAGGAGCACAGCUGGUCUCUGGCAGAGCUGGUGCACGCUGUGGUCCUGCUCACACACUAUCACUCUCUCGCCUCAUUCACAUUUGGCUGUGGAAUUAGUCCAGAAAUCCACUGUGAUGGUGGCCACACCUUCAGACCUCCUUCUGUCAGUAGCUACUGCAUGUGUGACAUUACAAAUGGCAAUCACAGUGUGGAGGAGAUGCAAGUCAACUCAGCGGGAAAUAUUUCAGUAAGUGACUCCUUCUUUGAAGUCGAAGCCCUCAUGGAAAAGAUGAAGCAGCUACAGGAGUGCCGAGCCGAAGAGGAGGCCAGCCAGGAGGAGAUGGCGUCACGCUUCGAAAUAGAGAAGAGGGAGAGCAUGCUUGUCUUCUCUUCGGAUGAUGACGAAGCUCCACCAGCAAGGGAUGUGUCCCGGCACUUUGAGGACACCAGUUAUGGCUAUAAGGACUUCUCCAGGCACGGGAUGCAUGUCCCAACAUUUCGUGUCCAGGACUACUGCUGGGAGGACCACGGCUACUCUCUAGUGAAUCGUCUGUAUCCAGAUGUGGGCCAGCUAAUCGACGAGAAGUUCCACAUCGCUUACAAUCUUACUUACAACACCAUGGCCAUGCACAAAGACGUGGACACCUCGAUGCUCAGGCGCGCCAUCUGGAACUACAUCCACUGCGUGUUUGGGAUACGAUACGAUGACUAUGACUAUGGUGAAAUUAACCAGCUGUUGGAUCGUAGCUUUAAAGUUUAUAUCAAAACUGUCGUGUGCACUCCUGAAAAGGUUACCAAAAGAAUGUAUGACAGCUUCUGGAGGCAGUUCAAGCACUCCGAGAAGGUUCAUGUCAAUCUGCUUCUUAUAGAAGCUAGGAUGCAAGCAGAGCUCCUCUAUGCUCUGAGAGCCAUCACCCGCUAUAUGACCUGA